AUGGAUUUGAAGUUGCAAAAUGCAGAAAUAGAAGAUUCCGACAAUUGGUAUGAAAUAGCUGAUACCUACUGGCAGAAUCAGCCUUCCACUGUCGAUGGUAUGCUGGGUGGCUUUGGAAAGAUAUCGAAGACAGAUCUAUUCGCUUCUCGACGAUUUUUACUGGAUACAAUAUCAGAUUAUAGUAAGGAGACCCAAUUCAAGCAGGCAUUAGAUUGCGGCGCAGGUAUAGGCAGGAUAUCAAAAGGACUCUUAUUAAAAUGGUUUGAAGUCGUUGACUUGAUUGAUCAAAAUGGCGAAUUUCUUAUUGAAGCUAAAAAAUCUGCAGUAUCCACCAAAGAUCAUCGCGUCGGCGAAUUAUUUGCUUGUGGCUUACAGGAUUUUACCCCGGAGCCUGCAAAAUAUGAUGUGAUAUGGUGCCAAUGGGUAUUGGCCUAUUUAACGGAUGAUGAUUUAAUUGCAUUUCUAGCACGAUGCAAGAAAGGUUUAAACUCACAUGGUUUAAUAUUUAUUAAAGAAAAUGUUACGUGUGGUAUUGUUGAAGAAGUAGACUUACAGGAUUCUAGUGUAACUAGAACUGAAUUAGCAAUGCAAAAUAUCUUUCAUAAAGCAGGUUUAACGAUAUUAAGGCAGGAAUUUCAGAAAAAUUUUCCAAAAGGACUUUUUCCUGUAAAGAUGUAUGCUUUGAUGUAG